AUCCUCGACUGGUUGUCGUCUUUUCUUUCUUCUCCGCUUCUUCUUUUUUAUCCCCCUUCUCGGAGCCUCUUUCUCUCCGUUCCUUUUCAUCCUUUCCCUCUCUCCCGUUGGUAAAGAUCGAAGCUCUUGUUCUCCCGUCCCUGCGACCCUGCUGCUUGUUCGAUCGGUCGCGACCCAUCUAGCCCACGAUGGAGGGUGGCCAGACCACAACCAAUACCGCCCCCGCUGGUAACUCCAGCGAUUUUGUGCGAAAACUUUACAAGAUGCUGGAGGAUCCCUCGUACUCCGAAAUCGUUCGGUGGGGAGACGACGGUGACAGUUUCGUGGUUUUGGAGUGCGAAAAAUUUACGAAAUCCAUUCUUCCGAAACACUUCAAGCAUAGUAAUUUCGCCAGUUUCGUACGCCAGCUUAAUAAAUACGACUUCCACAAAGUCCGACAGAACAACGAGGAGAAUGGCUCAUGUCCUUACGGUCCGAAUGCGUGGGAGUUUAAACACCCCGAGUUUAGGGCUAACAGCAAGGAAUCGCUGGACAACAUCCGACGAAAGGCACCAGCACCGCGCAAACAAACCCAGAGCCAUGACGACUCGGUCCCAACCCAACAAAUAGACCUUUUGAACCAGCAAAUUGUAGCGCAACAACAGCAGAUCCAGCAUCUUUCGGACCGCUACGCGCAGUUGACGGUGGACCACCAGCUCAUGUUGCAGGAGGUUAUGAGGGUGCAGAAGACAGUCUUGAACCAUGAAAAUGUCAUCCACCAGGUUAUGAACCACCUUCUUUCCGCGGACGCCCGGCAGAAGCGGGAUAGCAAAUCGGCAGCAUCUUUCUCAGCCCAAGGGCAAGGUGGCUCUACCAUGAGUCCUUCCCAGGUUGCUUCUAUAGAAGACGAGCCGUCGUCUCCCCUGCAACAGGCCUCGAAGCUGUUGAAUGAUAUGAAUGCCGAGAUCCAGCUUAACAUCACCGGUGUGGAAUCGAUGGCUGAGCCGCCAAAGCCGACUACGGUGGUUUCGACUCCCACUAUGGACGUUGGCCCGCGCAACGGCGUGGUUCGCCCGCCUACAGCGGCAGGCGCCGCAGCGCCAACUCUGGUCUACCCGAAAAUGAACGGCGAGAUUGAGCCGGUAGUUUACCCGGUCGGCGCUACAAACGGUAUCGACCCCAUGUACAGUGACCAUGUCAAUAAUGUGCCUUAUCCCAUGCCACCAAAACAAGAACUCGAGGAUCCUCGUCGGCAGUUUCCAGAAAACCGGAAGAAGAGUACUAAUGUCGACCCUGGUUGGAUGCGCAGCCCACAAAUUUUGCUUGUGGAGGAUGAUGCAACCUGUCGGCAAAUCGGUGGAAAAUUUCUUUACUCGUUCUCUUGUGUUAUUGAUACUGCGUUCGAUGGACUUGAAGCAGUCAACAAAAUUCAAGAUGGCUCCAAGUAUGAUCUUAUUCUAAUGGACAUCAUUAUGCCUAACCUCGAUGGUGUCUCUGCUUGCCAUCUCAUCCGCCAAUUCGAUCGGACGCCCAUAAUUGCAAUGACUUCUAACAUUAGAAGUGACGAUAUCCAGCUCUACUUCCAGCAUGGCAUGGAUGAUGUACUUCCGAAACCCUUUACACGGAAAAGUCUACUCGACAUGCUCGAGAAGCACUUGGUUCACCUCAAGGCUAUUCCACCCGGCAUGGAUGCUCCGCAAUCGGCAGCGGCGGUUACGAUGGCUGCUCAGAACUCGGCAACACAUUCAGUCAAGGAGGACAGCUCUCCAGGUCAAUCGCCAGCUGGGUCUAUGAGCAACUGGCAAUCACCGGGCCAGUUCCAUGGAAUGGCCACCGUUCACCCGAAUCUCCAGCAAGUUCCAGGCCAAUAUGUGCCUGCGACUCCAGCACCUGCCGCAUAUGCAGUCGAUCAAAAUGGAGUCCAAUACCCAGCACCUCCGGUAGCGAUCACCGCGGCGGCAGCAGCAGCAGCAGCCGCAGCUCGUCCUCCUCAUCGACGGCAAAUCUCAGACAUGUCCAGUGCAGCAGAUACCCCCAAUAUGACAAAGCGACCGCGCAUGUACGCGCAACCCCAGCCGAUGGUGAAUCCGGUACAAGCUACACGAACGGGCUAAGUCUGGCCCAAACCCUCCUUAAUCGACUAUGAGCCAUUUCCCUCAAACUCCCACACUCUCUUACCAUCCUCACCAACCACCUUAGCACCGUCAUAGUCCCUUGUCUUACGA